AUGACUCUACCUUCCUCUCUUUUCACGCCAUUUAUCUACCUUCCUCCUUUCCUCCAAUCACCUCAACUUCUUGGUUGCCUUUGGAAUUCUUUUCACUCCAUCCAAGUUUAUUAUGAGUCUCUACCUUCCUCUCUUUUCACUCCAUCCUUUCUCUCCUUUGGAAUUUUUUCCCUCCAUCAAAGCUUUAUCCCUCCAUCCACCUCUCAUCUAAUCACGCUCUACUUUCGUUGGUUGCUUUUCCUCCAUUUCCCUCUCAGCCAUUCUGAGUCUACCUUCCUCUUUCCUCCAUCACCUCUCUCUCGUUGGUUGACUUUACCUUCCUUUUUCCUCCAUCACCUCUCAUUUCUGACUCUACCUUCCUCUCUUUUCACGCCAUCCACCUCCGUUGGUUGCCUUUGGAACUCUUUUCCUCCAUCCACCUCUCGCUUCCACUCUCAUUUCCUUCCUCUCUUUUCUCUCAUCCACCUCUCGUUUCUGACUCUACCUUCCUCUCUUUUUCACUCCAUCCACCUCUCCUCUCUACCUUCCUCUCUUUUCCUCCAUCCACCUCUCGCUGUCCUACCUUCCUCUUUUUUCUCCAUCCACCUCUCUCUUCUGACUCUACCUUCCUCUCUUUUCACUCCAUCCACCUCUCUCUUCAGAGUCUACCCUUCCUCUCUUUUCCUCCAUCCACCUCUCGUUUCGACUCUACCUUCCUCUUUUCCUCCAUCACCUCUCCUUCUGAAUCUACCUUCCUCUCUUCAUCCAUCCCACCUCUCUCUUCUCUCUGCCUUCCUCUCUUUUUCACUCCAUCCACCUCUCUCUUCUGACUCUACCUUCCCUCUUUUCCUCCAUCCACCUCUCUUCUGA